GGAGGCAAGUGUCAGGCCGAUGUGCCGCCCGCAAGGGGCCGGGGUCGGGGCCGCCGGGGCCAUGCACGAGGGCUGGGCAGGGGGCAGGCUGGGCGCGGAGCGGAGCCGCCUCGGAGCCUGAGCCUCCCGGGGCCCGGCCGGGGAGCCUCGCGGGGCCGGCCGGCCGGGGGGAGGGGAGCGAUGCGGCGCCGGCGGGCGGCGGUAGCCGCGGGUUUCUGCGCCUCUUUCCUGCUCGGCUCCGUCCUCAACGUGCUCUUCGCACCGGGGUCGGAGCCGCCGCGGCCAGGCCAGUCCCCCGGGCCCUCGGUAGCCCCGGGCCCGGGACGUCGCGGGGGCCGCGGGGAGCUGGCCCGGCAGAUCCGAGCGCGCUACGAGGAGGUGCAGCGCUAUUCCCGCGGGGGCCCUGGGCCCGGGGCUGGCCGACCGGAGCGGCGGCGCCUGAUGGACCUGGCUCCGCGCGGACCGGGCCUUCAGCGUCCCCGGCCCCCGCGGGCCCGGCCCCUGCCCGACGGCGCCCCUGGCUGGCCCCCUGCUCCCGGGCCGGGCUCUCCCGUGCCGGGCCCGCGCUUGGGCUGCGCCGCACUCCGCAACGUGUCCGGCGCACAGUACGUGGGCUCGGGCUACACCAAGGCCGUGUACCGGGUCCGCCUGCCUGGCGGUGCCGCGGUGGCGCUCAAGGCGGUGGACUUCAGCGGCCACGAUCUGGGCAGCUGCGUGCGCGAGUUCGGGGCACGGAGGGGCUGCUAUCGCCUGGCGGCCCACAAGCUGCUCAAGGAAAUGGUGCUGCUGGAGCGGCUGCGGCACCCCAACGUGCUGCAGCUCUAUGGCUACUGCUACCAGGACAGCGAGGACAUCCCAGACACCCUGACCACCAUCACGGAGCUGGGAGCCCCCGUGGAAAUGAUCCAGCUGCUGCAGGCUUCUUGGGACGACCGAUUCCGAAUCUGCCUGAGCUUGGGCCGCCUUCUCCACCACCUGGCCCACUCCCCACUGGGCUCUGUCACUCUGCUGGACUUCCGCCCCCGACAGUUUGUACUGGUGGACGGCGAGCUGAAGGUGACAGAUCUGGAUGAUGCACGUGUGGAGGAGACGCCAUGUGCAAGCAGUGCUGAUUGCAUACUCGAGUUUCCAGCCAGGAACUUCACCCUGCCCUGCUCAGCCCAGGGCUGGUGUGAGGGCAUGAACGAGAAGCGCAACCUCUACAAUGCCUACAGGUUUUUCUUCACAUACCUCCUGCCCCACAGUGCCCCACCCUCACUACGGUCUCUGCUGGACAGCAUCGUUAAUGCCACAGGAGAGCUCACCUGGGGGGUGGAUGAGACCCUAGCCCAGCUGGAGAAGGUGCUGUACCUAUACCGGAGCGGGCAGUAUCUGCAGAACUCCACAGCAGUCAGCAGAGCUGAGUACCGGCACCUCCCAGGCAGCACCAUCCCCCAGGAAGACUACCGCUGCUGGCCAUCCUACCACCACGGGAGCUGCCUUCUUUCAGUGUUCAAUCUGGCUGAGGCUGUGGACGUCUGCGAGAGCCAUGCCCAGUGCCGGGCCUUUGUGGUCACCAACCAGACCACCUGGACAGGUGAGCCAGUGAGAAAGGACAUCCUGCAGGAGAUGACUGUUCUUGACCAGAAGAGAUUGACAGGUCGGCAGCUGGUCUUUUUCAAGACGGGAUGGAGCCACGUGGUCCCUGAUCCCAACAAGACUACAUAUGUGAGGGCCUCUGGCUGAUCCGAGGGCUCAGCUGACAAACUGGCCGUCACCACCGGCUGGGCUGCCUAUGGACGGAGUGACUUGCACUCGCAGCUCUGCAUGUCACUUCGGAACGCGUGCAGCCAAGGUGACAUCCCAGGCAGACUGAGGUGACCAGGACAAUGUGCAAUAAUGCCAAAUGUUAAAAUGUGAGUUUACCAGUCUAGGUAUGGGACUGCUGGCUCCAGGGCCAGGAAUCAUGGGUGCUGACUGCUUCGCCAACCCUCUGGGUUGCCAGCAAGGCUCCAGCUAGGCUCCCCACUGGGGUCUCUACCCCUCACUGGGACAGUUCGGUGGGCAACCCAUCACUGUGUUCCUAGUGUGAGAAUGUAGCCGAAGCCCCUGGCUGCUGCUGCUGUCGCACAUGCCACAGCCUGGCAGGGGCUGUGUGGGGACAAUCGGUCACGGGGUGUUUUCCCAGCCGAGCUCCGAACAGGAGACUUGACCCGGAUGCUGUGGGAAGUGGGUGAUUCUGUACCAGGGGAGGCUGCCUCUGGCCAAGUGACAGGAAGCUCCCAUGAGCCACGCAGGGGCAGGAACAGGGGAGCACACAUGGUAUGAGCCAAGACAUGGGGUGGAGGAGCAGGUUGCGGUUUGAGCCAGGACCUGGGGCGGGGGUGGGGCCGGGGCCUUUCUGCCUCAUUUGCUUUCAGUGAAAGCCGCAAAGCAACCAAAACCAGCCUGUCCCCCCGCCUGGAGUUUGUAUAUCCAGAAGCUUUUGUACUUCUUGUUUGUUAAAAUGUUUAUUUUUGUAAAAAAAAAAAAAAUCAAUCAAUUAAUAAAAUGACAUUUCACGGCAAGGAC